UUCCGGGGUGGAGCCAGGGAGGGCGGGAGUUUAGGCUGCGCCGACCCCUCAGCCCCCCUCCAGGAGACGUUCGGAGCCCAGGACAUGUCGGGAUUGAGGAGAUACGAGGUGGCGCUGGAGGCGGAGGAGGAGAUCUACUGGGGUUGCUUCUACUUUUUUCCCUGGCUGCGCAUGUGGCGGAGGGACAGGAGCUCGGCGCAUCCCCGGGAGCAGAAGCUGGAGCCUCUGCGAGGCCUGAUGAGCUGUCUGUCAAGCGGCCUGGGCCCUGCCCCCCAGCGCUCGGGUCGCGGCCUCCCCCGCCGCACCCCCACCGCCACUGCCCAGCCAGCCGGUGCAUUAAAGAUUUAAACCGAAGCCACCGUGCUGCCCUCCUGACUCUGCCGCCGCUGCCGCCAUUCGGGCUGGGAGCCCCUCUACACGCCUGCUUUUCGUUAUUACAGGGCUUCCCUCCCUGAUAGGGUGCCCUUCCAUAUCUUGGCCCCGGUUACUACUAAGGAUCCCUUCUCAGUGUCACUGCCCUGCGCCACCUAACCCCCCCACACACCCGCCACACACACACACACACACACACACACACACACACUCUCUCUCUCUUCACUGUAAGUAGCCCAUAUGCUGGGAACUAAGUAACCCUGUCCCUGUCUUCCUCCCAGCCUAUCCUCACAUUGAUGUGUUCCACCUUCCUUCUAGACAGG